AGCAACGGAGGCGUAAAGUAACACAGCGCUGAGAUGACACAGCGAAAUGUCGACCUUACUUAAUGACCUUUAAAUAAGUUUGCUAAAUCAAGACUUUGUUUAUUGAAGUUGGUAAAUAGAUUUUUAAAUAUGUACGGACGGGCUCCAAGAGCCACCUUCCUGACAAAUAGUGGGACCCCGGACACAGUUGGCCCUGGGUCUUACAACGUCAACACAGCAAGACUUUCUACAACGUCUGCCGGCUAUGCUCCUUUCCUGUCCCUGGCUAGCAGACUACCAGUGCUCAGUGAGUCCAGUGGGACAGAACCAGGACCUGGAUGCUAUGACUCCUCACCUGUGCAGAUGAACGUCCAUGGAGGCUGCAGUCUUCAGAACCGCGCCAAGCGUUUUGAGGAUCCGGUGUGUGAGGGUCCGGGGCCAGGGGCUUACGAUGUGAACGUUGCCAGGAUGACUGAUGAUGGACCAUCGGAGAAGCUUGGCAGGAGAAUGGCGCAUCAAGCUAAAAGUCUCCAGAGGCUCGUUGGCCAGUCAGACGUUCCUUCCAUUCCAUCGCCGGGUCAAUCCUGCGGCUAUGAGGAGGACGCCCAGGGUCAGUUACGCAAGCAGGGGCCUCCAAUUAGGGACAGCAGCCUGGGCCCGGCCUACUACGACCCCCUGACUGCAGAGAAGAGUUUUGCCCAAAAGUACAAAGGCAUCCACUUUGGCAACAUGACGGCGAAGAGAGGCGAGGUGAUGAAGGAUGAAGGCCCGGGGCCAGGCUACUAUUACCCUGAGAUCGUCCCACAAACGCACUACGAGAACAUAAACCUGCGGAAAGAGCAAAGGAGCACGAGGGCUCAGCUCGUCAUUCCUCGUUACCACGAACUGGUGUCCAAACAGGAGGAAAAGAAGGGAGUUCCUGGUCCAGGCCACUAUGACAUCAGGGGUCAGUUCGAGAGGCCCAGUGACAAGAAGCAGCAGAUCACGUCCACAUUCCUCUCUCAGACCGAGAGGUUCAAGCCUGCCAAAGAAGCGUCGCCUCCUGUUGGCACAUAUAACGACCCGUGGUGUGCCCUGCAGACACUACACGGCACAACGGGACCGGGCAAAAGCCCUUUUGGCGUCACAGCAGCGCGCUUUCCUUCCAACCGCAACAAAGGCUUCACACCAGGUCCCGGGUCGUACGACGUCUUUGCCUACGGUUUGGCCCAGGAGAGUUUUAAAAGGGCCUUUUUAGAUCGAGCCAAGAAGGGAGGCUUUGGCUCCACCGCUAAACGCUGCAGCAUCUGCUUCAAUAAGGAAUCGAUACAAGGACCGAGUCCAGCAGAGUACGAGGCAGAAAAGCGUCCAGAGGAGCAGUACAAAAAGCAGUGCACGGCCGCAUUCCGAUCAGCCACACAGCGCCUCACGUCCUCACUUUUGCCAAAAUCCCACUGGACCUUUCAAGUUUGGGCACAGUUGCGAAAAAACCUGAAGAACUUGAUGGUUGAUAACCAGCAGCGUGGCAGUGAAGACGAGGAUUAA